AUGCCCUUGGGGCUGCUGCCCAACCCAGGACCCAGAGAACCUGAGGCAGAAGAACUGGCAGGAGCUGGAGAAGCUGUGGAUCGGAUCAUCUUCUGUGUCUUCUUAGAAGUCGACUUCAAAAUCUACAAAAAGAAAAUGAGCGAGUUUUUCCCUGUAGAUGACAGUGCAGAAGAAGAUGUUGACAUGAAAGAAGAUUCAGAAGGGUUAGAGCCAAAAGGCCUCUCUCCACCCCACAAGAAGAGCAAAGCAAAGAAGCCAGAAUGUUCAAAAGAUUCCAGUGAAGAUGAGAACAGUCCAGAGGAAAAACAAAGUGCAGAAGAAAUGGAAGGGCAGAGCCAAGAAGCAGAUGGUUCCAACGCCGCUACUGUGCCCAGCCCUGCUUCAGAAGAGGCAAUUGAAGUCUGUAAAGAUGAAG